UGCAUAAUAUGUAAGAGCUCUUCAGGUGUUGGAGACUGUGAGUGGCUCCCCGUUGUACUUCUUCUAGCAGGAGGUCGGAAAGUCAGGGCUUCCCAUUUGCCUUGAACACAGCAGAUGCGUCCCAGUUCAUCCGUGAUCCAGCCAGUCACUCACUUCCUGUUUACGUUUCCACAAAUGACGUCACGCGGAUAACAUUUAACAAACAGUUUCAAAACGGGAAACAGCGGAUAACUUGAGGAACAACUCUUAUGUAGUCUUGUGACGGCUGGAUAUAUAUAGUCCUCUGUCUUUGUUACACACCGGAGCACCGGAGAGAGUGUACGACCUUCGGUUUCACCUGUCAAGCUCAUAUUUGAGGACCAAAGAAAGCUAGCCGGGCUGCUAAGUUAAGCUAACGUUAAGUAAGUAGCUGGUAGCUAGCGAGCGAGUUAGCAGCAUAAACUCAACAGCACUUCAUCAAUUAACUGAGUACUCAACGUCGGCCAGUAUGGAGAAUAAAUAUAACCUCAAGAGUCCAGCGGUGAAGAGGCUGAUGAAAGAGGCUGCUGAGCUGAGGGAUCCCACAGAGCACUACCACGCCCAGCCACUAGAAGAUAACCUCUUUGAAUGGCACUUCUCCGUACGCGGGCCCCCGGAUUCAGAUUUUGACGGUGGGGUUUACCACGGCAGGAUUGUACUUCCCCCGGAGUACCCCAUGAAGCCCCCCAGCAUCAUCCUCCUCACACCGAAUGGAAGAUUCGAAGUUGGGAAGAAGAUUUGUCUGAGCAUUUCUGGCCACCAUCCAGAGACCUGGCAGCCCUCUUGGAGCAUCCGAACUGCCCUAAUAGCUAUAAUCGGAUUCAUGCCAACAAAAGGAGAGGGAGCAAUAGGAUCUCUUGAUUAUACCCCAGAGGAGAGGAGGGCCCUUGCCAAAAAGUCCCAGGACUUCUGCUGUGAGACGUGUGGCUGCUCCAUGCGCUCUGCCCUCCUGGCUCUGACCCCCAACAGCCGCCCUAGCGCCGCGGACAACAAGGCCAAAGAACUGGCUCAGCAAAUCAACUUCAAGGCAGAGUCCAGUUUAUCCAGACAGGCGAGUGAGAGUGGAGGUGCAGAAAGCGAGCCUUCCACCCUCACCCAGGGAGGCACCUCAACGUCUGCUGGCCAGGAAGCUGCUGCUGACAGGCCCCAGGCUGGACAGCCAGAGUCACCUCCAGCCACAGGAGUAGAGGGAUCCCUGCCCCACACGGCCCCCAGCACCGAUCGCCCUCUCAGUCCCCGGCAGCGUCGCGCUCAGCAGCAGCAACAGAGCCAGCAGGGUCAGAGAGACAGCAGGGAUCCAGGCAUCAGGCCGGCCUUCGCCCCGGCCCCUCGUCAGCCUCAGGAUGAAAGCCACGCGGGCUCCGCAGUCCUCAUCGUGGUGCUCACUCUGGCUCUGGCUGCGCUCAUCUUCCGUAGGAUCUACCUGGCUCAGGAGUACAAGUUUGACUACGAGCUGUGACCGCGGACACUCGCCCCCCACCCUCCCCCUCCUCACCCCACCGCCCACCCCCCAACCCCGACUCAGCCCCCUUCUUGCCGCCGCUCCCAACCGAACUAUGACCAGCUGAAGUGGAAGCAGAGAGCCGAGGCAGCGGCUUUUCCGGCCUCCUGCUCGUCAGAGGCACAGGGUUCGGUCUCCACUGAGGAGGAACUUUCAUUCCUGCAGGGGAGGCACUCCACUCACCACAACACCUCCAGGGUGUCUUUUAAUCAAUGUGAAUUUUUCUCUCCAGAGCUUCAUGCAUUUUUAAGAAUGGGGAGCUUUGUUGUUCGAGAUCAGCUCAGCAGCCGCCACACGUCCCCUUUCCAUGUAAUCGUUACCCACCCUAUGGCUGCUGCCUAUUCCCAUUAUUUAACUAAAAAUUGUAAUAUAACAUGUCAACAACAUGGAAUUAUGGGGGAUUUAAGUAGUGUAUUGUUCAUGGAAGCAUCUGCACAGAGUGUAUAUGCUGUUAUGAGUUCUUCUUUAUGCGCUUUAACUUCUGCAGGUACCGGGCUCUGUUUUAACAGUGCAAAGGAAACAAGCGGUGCACAGAGACGGGGCACUGACUGUUUUGGUUCAUGUGGAUGUAGCUGGUACUGGUCCUUCAGUCUCAGUUCUGCUGUAUCUCACGUUGUAAGCGGUCACAUCAUAUUGUAGAUAUAUGAUAUAUGAUGUGAUGAGGCAGCGCUGUGCAUUUUAAGAAGAAGGCAUGAAACGCUACUUUAGCUAGGAGGCAGCAAUCGAUGAGGCCUGGUCAUCUGGUGUCUCCUACAAAAACAGGCAGAGUGCUGGGUUAUAACUGGCCAGUCUCAGCUUUCAGAUCAGAGCCUACAGAUUCAUCAGCGUGCAGUAAGUGUCCUGCAGGGAUUUAACUCACUGAAGGAGACGUUUUUCAUACAGUACAAAGCAGCUGUGGAGAAGGGAUAUAUCGGUCAAUCAACGCAGACCCAUUUGUGUGUUACUCCACGUUCCGUGAUGUGUGAUGUGUGGCACGCAGGGGUGCUGUCUGACACGGGCCAUCAGAAAAUACGACCCUGUUGUGCCUAGCAAUGUUGCAUCCAAAUAUUGUCACAUGCUUAAAAAGAGUCAACAGCACCACAGCAGAGGAGAGGUGACUCAUGUCUGACACUGGGCAGGAGAAAGUGUGACCCUCUGUACUGGAAAUAAAACUAAAAUACGCAGCAUUAAUCUCCAACCGAACUCUACGUGGCUAAGGUGCAUUGUGGGUAAUGUAGGCAGCAGGGUUUGAGGAGGAAGAAGAAAAUAUCUCUAGUUCUGCGGUGUCUAUUUUAAUCCUUUUUUUAAUGAUCUGUCUAUCUGUCUGUCGGACACUGUUACAGGAGUGCAGUGCUGAAUCAGUGGAGCGCUGCACAUGGUCACAGAAUAUGGGCUCACACCUGCUAUAAUCACAGUACACUCUCAUUUUAAAUGCAUCUAACUGGUUUAAUGUGGGCUGUUCAAUUUCACUUGUUCAUCUAAAAUCUUAAGCCUUGUUUUAUUUUUGCUGUAGUUUCAGUUUGCACUUGUUGACUGAAUCACCAAAUUGCUAUCAUUUGCUCUAAGCUACCAGCUACCUACUUUGUGCUCUAAUGAAACUCCCACCCACAUUGGCCACAAUACCAAAAGCAAAAUAAGAGAAUUUAAAGGUACGGAAAGUACCGACCUGCUUGUGCUGGUCAUUGUUCCACCACUACAAUAGAGCACACAGUGUAGUAAUUCCCAGCGGGUGCUGUGAGGAGAAUGAGGCGACUGUUCCAAUCAUUGGCUAAACGCAACAACACGUUUACUGAAUCAUAGCAUGAGGUAAGAAUUGCUUUGAACUAUUAUCACUAUGGCAACGUUUUUACCGGGGAGAUCAUUUUAGGGAUUAUUUGCAUCAGUAAACAGGACCGUGGUCUUCAGAAAAUCACAGAAAACCAGCAGGUUCAGAUCAGGUCUGCUUUUCACACCUUCAUCCGUCUGUAUCCAUUUUAUCUGAACCAGGAAGUCUUUUUGUUUUUGUUUUUUUUUCCAUGGACACUGUAAUUCCAUUCGUUUGUAUCUUACCUCCCUUUACCACCUCUCUCCCUGUCUCCCCUGCUGUUUCAUGGUAUUCACACCACGUCCCUGUGCAUUAAUCUCAUUUGGCUUGCAUUCUCUGUAGCUGUAUGCAAACACUCAUUUUUUUCCCCCCCUUGCUUGUAUAAAUAGACCCAAACACUGUCUAGCAUUUACCCUCUUUGAUAUACUUUGAGUAGGGGUUUAUCGCUCUGAUGAGACUCAGAGGAACUGGGAAGCAAUUUAAAUUCAUUCUGACGGCUUUUUGACAUGUACAGCGACUUAGCAGCAUACAAAUAGCCAGAGGUAGUCGUAGCAGUCUACCUGUUGAGUGGAACAAAUCUAUUUCGGUCGAUUUUCUCUUAUUUGAGCAACACCUUAAUACCUGCAUGUGUCCAGGUUUUACUUGAAGGCAACAGAGAUUCUCUAUGAAUAUUCACAUUCUCAGAAUCUGUCCGUAUCUGCCUCUUCAGUUAUUGUGCCCAAGGCUGGUAUACUGGCAUAUAAACAGAAAAUAAACGACUUGAAUGACUGAAUGUAUUGGCCAUGUGUGAGGUUUUAUAUCGUCUUUCUAUACCUGCACGUCCUACAGGGAACAUGUAGCGUUGCUGUGGCCUAUAAAUAAUCCCGAUGAUUGACGGGGUAAUUGCCAGGUUCUAAUGGUUUCAAAAAUAAUAAUGAUAAUAAUAAUCACAGCGAUUAUGUCAGAAUUCAAAGGAAGGACUUCAGACAAUCUAUAGCAGCUAUGAGGCAGAAUAAUUAGCUGUGUGUUUCUGAGCUGUACAACUAACAGUAGUCCAUCCACUCUUUGCUGAGAUUUAAUUCAAAACCACAGAACUUUCUGGUGGCGCUAGAAGAAAAGUCAGAGAAUCACCAGACUCAUCAGGAUACGUCGUCUGGGCUCUGUGAACAUCAGUGAAUAUCAAACACUGAGUCCAUUCAUUGAGUAGAUUUUGGGAUAUUUCAGUAAAUAAGUGAGAACUUGGACCUGCUGGUGGUUUCAGGUCAAAAGUCAGAAAAUUACCAAAGUCAUUAAGAGACAUCAUCAGAGCACCAUGGAUGUCUGUGCCAAAUUCAAUAGCAAUCCAGCCAAGAGUUAGAUAUUCACAGAGCCCAAGAGAUGGACCUCAUGCUGCCACUAGUGGUAUAAUCAAAGGGUUUGAGUCAGUGAUUCAUGCAGUUCACGAAACCAUGAAUGUCUGUACCUAAUAUUGUGCCACUCGAGGGGAACUUGAGGGAAUCACCAACAUCAUUAGGAUACAUUAUGCUACUAUCCUAUUAUUACAAUGUCGACCAAACUCUGUGACCAUCCAUUUAAUAGUUGUUGACAUAUCUAACUAAAACAGGAAACAUCAGCAGAUCACCAGAGUCAGAAGGAUUCCUCCUAUGGCACCAUAAGACACAAACACCUUACUUACAGGUAAGUAAAGAUAAAGGUAAGUAAAGCUCUCUCAAAGCCAAAUUAACUACAUGGCAGUUGUUGUCAUUUCAGUCUCUGAGACUUGUCUCAUGAUUUAGUCUGAUUAAGCCAGAGCUGUGACUGUUUGAGAUUAAGAUUUUAAUCAGGUUUUUUAUGAGGAGCGCUUGAUGAGUUCGUGGCCUAAAGCAGAAGGAGAUGAGUUCGAUUAUACAGAAAGUUUGAAGUUAAUCAUAUUUGGUAUUGCUGUGGUACUUAUCUUUACCGCUGUAAAUGACUGCGGUCAUGUUUGUGAUCCUCCGUACAUGUUUUUCCUCCCUUAGCUUGAAAAUGCGAACGAUUUUAGGCAGGUAAGAAUGUGCGUCUGUAUGCAAAUAAGAAUUCUCCAGGACGAGAAGCUGAUUGGCUGCAGAGUUUUGAGGUUCAAGUCCGGCCGAGCCUUUUCUUUCUCAGACUCGCAACUUCUUGAGCUGCUUCAGCACGAUUUUAACCUGCAUCUCUUUCAUUCGCAAGCUGCUGAAUGUUAAUUACGAAUGCUUUGUCUAGUGUGUUAUGAUUGCGGUCAUAUUUGUGGUUGGGUGUACGUGUUUUUCUUCCCUUAGCUUGAAAGUUUGGACGACGCGCGACAGGUGACAUUAUACGUCUGUAUGCAAAUGAGGGUUCACCAGGACGAGGUGGUGAUUGGCUGCAGAGUUUUGAGGUUCAAGUCCGGCUGAGCCUUUUCUUUGUCAGACGCGUAACUUCUUGAGCUGCUUCAGCACUAUUUUAACCUGCAUAUCUUUCAUUCGCAAACUGCUAGAUUUUAAUUACGGAUGAUUUGUUUAGUGCGUUAUGACUGAAGUCAUAUUUGUAACUGUGUGUACGUGUUUUUCUUCCCUUAGCUUGAAAGUGUGAACACGCGACAGGUGAGACUGUCCGUCUGUAUGCAAAUGAAGGUGCACCGGGACGAGGAGGUGAUUGGCUGCAGAGUUUUGAGGUUCAAGUCCGGCCGAGCCUUUUCUUUCUCAGACGCGUAACUUCUUGAGCUGCUUCAGCACGAUUUUAACCUGCAUAUCUUUUAUUAGCAAGCUGCUCAGAGUUGAUUAAAGAUGCUUUGUCUAGUGUGUUAUGAUUGCGCUCAUAUUUGUGGUUGGGUGUACGUGUUUUUCUUCCCUUAGCUUGAAAGUUUGGACGACGCGCGACAGGUGAGAUUGUGCGUCUGUAUGCAAAUGAGGGUGCACCAGGACGAGGAGGUGAUUGGCUGCAGAGUUUUGAGGUUCAAGUCCGGCUGAGCCUUUUCUUUCUCAGACUCGUAACUUCUUGAGCUGUUUCAGCAGGAUUUCAAUCUGCAUCUCUUUCGUUAAAAAGCUACUGACAUUUAUUUACGAAUGUUUUGUCUAGCGUGUUAUGAUUGCGGUCAUAUUUGUGGUUGGGUGCAUGUGUUUUUCUUCCCUUAGGUUGAAAGUGUGAACACGCGACAGGUGAGAUUGUGCGUCUGUAUGCAAAUGAAGGUGCACCAGGACGAGAAGGUGAUUGGUGAAUUACAUCAGCUGUGUAGCACCUGAUUGGCUUCUGCCAGAUGAUACUUCAAAUAUAAAGAACCAAAAUGGCUCGGUUACUCAAAGGGGGAUAUGGUCAUUCUAUUAUUGUAACCACCGGUUAUGCAGUGUUUGGCCCAAUAAGCAUCAGUUAAACCAUGUGACCACUGAAAAAAAAAGCCACCGCCCUGUUUCUCGCUCUGCAGACUUCUUAAGUUUAAGUCCGGCCAAGCCACCAACUUGUUGAACUCUUAACUGACCAUAACCCGUUAGCUUUUCUUUCUCCGAUGCGUAAUUUCUUGAGCUGGUUCCUCCUUAAGUAGGAUUUUAAUCUGCAGAUCUUUCAUUAGUAAGGUACUGCGGAUGCUUUGUGUAGUGUGUUAUGACUGCGGUCAUAUUUGUGGUUGGGUGUACGUGUUUUUCUUCCCUUAGCUUGAAAGUGUGAACGAUGAGCGACAGGUGAGACUGUCCGUCUGUAUGCAAAUGAGGGUUUGCCAGGACGAGGAGGUGAUUGGCUGAAGAGUUUUGAGGUUCAAGUCCGGCCGAGCCUUUUCUUUCUCAGACUCAUAACUUCUUGAGCUGCUUCAGCACGAUUUUAAUCUGCAUAUCUUUCAUUAGCAAGCUGCUCAGUGUUGAUUAAAGAUGCUUUGUCUAGUGUGUUAUGAUUGCGCUCAUAUUUGUGGUUGGGUGUACGUGUUUUUCUUCCCUUAGCUUGAAAGUUUGGACGACGCGCGACAGGUGAGAUUGUGCGUCUGUAUGCAAAUGAAGGUGCACCAGGACGAGGAGGUGAUUGGCUGCAGAGUUUUGAGGUUCAAGUCCGGCCGAGCCUUUUCUUUGUCAGACGCGUAACUUCUUGAGCUGCUUCAGCACUAUUUUAACCUGCAUAUCUUUCAUUCGCAAACUGCUUAAUUUUAAUUACGGAUGAUUUGUUUAGUGCGUUAUGACUGAAGUCAUAUUUGUAAUUGCGUGUACGUGUUUUUCUUCCGUUAGCUUGAAAGUGUGAACACGCGACAGGAGACCUUAUACGUCUGUAUGCAAAUGAGGGUGCACCAGGACGAGGAGGUGAUUGGCUGCAGAGUUUUGAGGUUCAAGUCCGGCCGAGCCUUUUCUUUGUCAGACGCGUAACUUCUUGAGCUGCUUCAGCACUAUUUUAACCUGCAUAUCUUUCAUUCGCAAACUGCUAAAUUUUAAUUACGGAUGAUUUGUUUAGUGCGUUAUGACUGAAGUCAUAUUUGUUAUUGCGUGUACGUGUUUUUCUUCCGUUAGCUUGAAAGUGUGAACACGCGACAGGAGACCUUAUACGUCUGUAUGCAAAUGAGGGUGCACCAGGACGAGGAGGUGAUUGGCUGCAGAGUUUUAAGGUUCAAGUCCGGCCGAACCUUUUCUUUCUCAGACUCGUAACUUCUUGAGUUGUUUCAGCAGGAUUUCAAUCUGCAUCUCUUUCAUUAAAAAGCUACUGACAUUUAUUUACGAAUGUUUUGACUAGUGUGUUAUGAUUGCGGUCAUAUUUGUGGUUGGGUGCAUGUGUUUUUCUUCCCUUAGCUUGAAAGUGUGAAUGACGCACGACAGGUGAGAUUGUGCGCCUGUAUGUAAAUGAAGGUGCACCAGGACGAGGACGUGAUUGGUGAAUUACAUCAGAUGUGUAGCAUCUGAUUGGCUGCAGAGUUUUGAGGUUCAGUUCCGGCCGAGCCUUUUCUUUGUCAGACGCGUAACUUCUUGAGCUGCUUCAGCACGAAUUUAACCUGCAUAUCUUUAAUUAGCAAGCUGCUGAAUGUUAAUUAAAGAUGCUUUGUCUAGUGUGUUAUGAUUGCGGUCAUAUUUGUGGUUGGGUGUACGUGUUUUUCUUCUCUUAGCUUGAAAGUUUGGACGACGCGCGACAGGUGAGAUUGUGCGUCUGUAUGCAAAUGAGGGUUCGCCAGGACGAGGAGGUGAUUGGCUGAAGAGUUUUGAGGUUCAAGUCCGGCCGAGCCUUUUCUUUCUCAGACUCGUAACUUCUUGAGCUGCUUCAGCACGAUUUUAACCUGCAUAUCUUUCAUUAGCAAGCUGCCAAAUUUUAAUUACGGGUGCUUUGUCUAGUGUGUUAUGAUUGCGGUCAUAUUUGUAAUUGUGUGUACGUGUUUUUCUUCCCUUAGCUUGAAAGUUUGAACACGGGACAGGUGAAAUUAUACAUCUGUAUGCAAAUUACGGUGCACCAGGACGAGGAGGUGAUUGGCUGCAGAGUUUUGAGGUUCAAGUCCGGCCGAGCCUUUUCUUUUUCAGACGCGUAACUUCUUGAGCUAUUUCAGCACGAUUUCAACCUGCAUAUCUUUCAUUCGCAAGCUGCUCAGUGUAAAUUAAAGAUGCUUUGUCUAGUGUGUUAUGCUUGCGGUCAUAUUUGUGGUUGGGUGUACGUGUUUUUCUUCCCUUAGCUUGAAAGUGCGAACACGGGACAGGUGAGAUUGUGCGUCUGUAUGCAAAUGAGGGUGCACCAAGACGAGGAGGUGAUUGGUGAACUACAGCAGCUGAUUGGCUGAAGAGUUUUGAGGUUCAAGUCCGGCCGAGCCUUUUCUUUGUCAGACGCGUAACUUCUUGAGCUGCUUCAGCACUAUCUUAACCUGCAUAGCUUUCAUUAGCAAGCUGCUAAAUUUUAAUUACGAAUGAUUUGUUUAGUGCGUUAUGACUGAAGUCAUAUUUGUAAUUGUGUGUACGUGUUUUUCUUCCCUUAGCUUGAAAGUGUGAACACGCGACAGGUGACAUUAUACGUAUGUAUGCAAAUGAAGGUGCACCAGGACGAGGAGGUGAUUGGCUGCAGAGUUUUAAGGUUCAAGUCCGACCGAGCCUUUUCUUUCUCAGACACGUAACUUCUUGAGCUACUUCAGCACGAUUUCACCUGCAUAUCUUUCAUUCGCAAGCUGUUCAGUGUAAAUUAAAGAUGCUUUGUCUAGUGUGUUAUGCUUGCGGUCAUAUUUGUGGUUGGGUGUACGUGUUUUUCUUCCCUUAGCUUGAAAGUGCGAACACGCGACAUGUGAGAUUGUACGUCUGUAUGCAAAUGACGGUGCACCAGGACGAGAAGGUGAUUGGCUGCAGAGUUUUGAGGUUCAAGUCCGGCUGAGCCUUUUCUUUCUCAGACGCGUAACUUCUUGAGCUGCUUCAGCACGAUUCUAACCUGCCUAUCUUUCAUUCGCAAGCUGCUCAGUGUUAAUUAAAGAUGCUCUGUCUAGUGUGUUAUGAUUACGGUCAUAUUUGUGGUUGGGUGUACGUGUUUUUCUUCCCUUAGCUUGAAAGUUUGAACGACGCGCGACAGGUGAGAUUGUGCGUCUGUAUGCAAAUGAGGGUUCGCCAGGACGAGGAGGUGAUUGGUGAACUGCAGCAGCUGAUUGGCUGCAGAGUUUUGAGCUUCAAGUCCGACCGAGCCUUUUCUUUCUCAGACGCGUAACUUCUUGAGCUGCUUCAGCACGAAUUUAGCCUGCAUAUCUUUCAUUAGCAAGCUGCUGAAUGUGAAGGAGGAAAUACACAAGUGACCACCAAGACUGACUGAAGCAAUGAUCUGGCAAAGAGCGAGUGAAGAACCAGGGUAGAUGCUGGGCAGAUGAGUGGAUGGACUGCAGGUGUGCAGGCUGACCAGCAAUCAGGUAACUGGGAAAGACAAAGACAGGCAGGAGACUUAUUUCUGUUCCACAGUUUUGUUAGUCACAUUCAAAACUUCCAAACCUUUUCCCUUUUUUUUUCUUGUUGGUGAAACUCCUCCGUCACUGAUUGCUCAGAAUUAAUCUGGCCGGACACACUCGCCUAGAAAACGAGAUUUUGACUUUGUAAUAUCUUUUAAUCUUUUGAGAUCAAGCACACUUUGUCAAGGCGAAGGACAGAAUGUCCCUUAGCUUCCACAAAGACCAAAGCUGAGAGUUGGUGUGAGGAGCUCCAAGGCAGAGCCAACAACACGGCCUCUGUUUUUCUUUAACUGUGCCAUCAAGACACAAACAUCAGAAAUGAACUGGAAAGACACAGAAUCAGACAUCAGAAACAAUGUUCACCCUGAGGGUGGUGAAGUGAAACAGUGUAGUCAGGAGCCACUGGUGUGAAAAAAAAAAAACAGAGAAAAGGGGGAUUUGGCAGCUGCUGUUGGAAAAAAUGAAAAAAAAAGUGUUAAUCCUGAAUAAAGUGAGUGUGAGGAGGAUGUUUGAAGGUCUGCCUCCAGCUGGGUGAGACAUUAUAACUCCUCUGGUUUCUAAUGAAAUUUUCACAUCUUCCAACGACUUGUCUGUCCAGACUCUGGGCAGAUGUGGAGGGAAGCCACUGGAGAGGGAGACAGAUGUGGACAUCCAGGCCAG